AUGUCGACGGACUCAUCCUCCUCCUCCACUACCUCCUCCACUAUCUCCAGUUCAUCUUCAACCACCACCUUCGCUCCUAUUCCAGUUCACCAUGCUGUUAGACUUAGACUCUCCAAAACAAAUUAUACACUAUGGCGCGCUCAACUACUCCCGUUCCUACGAGGUUCCGACCUGUUGGGAUAUCUUGACGGCUCCAUAGCCGCCCCCUCGAAAUAUGUUCCAUCGUCCACGGCUGAAGGGGCGGAACUCAUAUCCAAUCCAGCGUAUACUCGCUGGUAUAAUCAAGAUCAACAGAUACUUAGUGGGAUGCUCUCUUCCAUCACCGAAGAGAUGCUCCCGGAUGUGGUGGAUGCCGCCACUUCCAAGGAGGCCUGGGACACACUUCAGCGCAUGUUCAGCUCCGCCAAUCGUGCCCGGGCUGUUCAAGUCCGGCUUGAACUGGUGAACACGAAGAAAAGAGAUUUGACGGCGGCUGAUUACUUCCGCAAGAUCAAGGGCUACGCCACUGAAUUGGCUGCGGCAGGGAAUCAUCUCAGCGAUGACGAGAUCACUGCCUACCUGCUCGCUGGACUCCCGCCGGAUUAUGAUCCAUAUGUGACCUCCAUCACCAACCGAUCUGAUCGCGUCACUAUUGAUGAUGCCUAUAAUUAUCUUCUUGCUUUUGAAGCCCGUCAAUUGCAGUAUCAGGCGGAGGCAAAAAUCAACGUUGGCAGCACUGCCAACUACGCCGGGCGUGGAGGUCCGUCAAGAGGACGCGGAAGGGGCACCCCCUCUACGCGGGCGCGUGGACGUGGGGGCUUCGCUCUAACAAACCAGGGGCGAGGCAGCCGAGGACCCCCGUUCUCCACUGAUCGCCCCAACCGCGGGCCCCCCUGUCAAAUUUGUGGCCGUAGCGGUCAUACUGCUAUCAGGUGCUGGUACAGAAUGGAUGAAUCGUACCAAGACGAUCCACCGUCUGCUGCGGUUGCUGCCACAUCGUCGUACAAAAUCGAUCCAAACUGGUAUGUCGACACGGGGGCUACCGAUCACAUUAUAAAUGAUCUGGAUCGACUAACCUUCCGUGAGCAGUAUCAUGGCAACGACACCGUCCAAGUCGGCAAUGGAGCAGGUUUGAACAUUUGGCAUACUGGUUCUUGUUCUAUUAAUACUGCUAAUCGCCCUCUUAAUUUGAAAAAUGUGCUUCAUGUCCCUAAUAUAUCCAAGCAUCUCCUUUCUGUUCAUAAAUUAGCCCGUGACAAUAAUGUUGUCUUUGAAUUUCAUCCUUAUCAUUUUCUUAUAAAGGAUCGAGCCACGAAGCAAGUACUUCUGGAUGGAAGAUGUGAGCCCGGCCUUUAUCCAAUCAAUCCUUCUGCAGUUGUUUCCUCCAAGCAAGCUUUCGUCGGUGUUAAGGCAUCCCCAAAUCAGUGGAAUGCUCGAUUUGGCCACCCCUCCACCCCCGUCGUGAAGUACAUUUUGCGCUUGCAUAAUCUCCCUUGUGUUCAAGAGUCAAUGCAUGCAGAUCAGCAAACAAGAGAAAAUCCCGGGUGGUUGGAGACUCAGGGAUCCACGUCUGCCGCGUCCCAACUGCCGUACAUGAAUUGCCCGUGGGCCCCGCAGAAUCACCGCUACCUGCGCCAGUUGCACUUGUGCCACCUGAUCCUCAACCAGCUUCAUAUAUAA